GGCUGUCAAUCAAAGCCCCAUAAGCGCAACUACAGUAGAAGCUUAUCGUUGAGGAGAGCGCAGCGUGUUCGCAUUUCAGCCCGUAGUUUAUGCAUAGGCGUCGAAAAAACCCCGUUGUCUGCACUCGGAUCCCUGGCAUCUCUCGUUUUCCUCGGACUCCUGCCUUUAUGAGAUGGAGAAGAGGGCGCUUUGGUCAUCCUGUUAUAUUGUGCGCUUUGUAACGCUUUUCCUCUGCGCACGAGCCUCAGGAAACCUGCCACAGUGUAAAGAGACAGACUACUACUUUGAGUACACAGAGUGUGACAGCACAGGCUCCAGAUGGAGAGUCGCCAUUCCUCACAGACAGGAGAGCUGCACGGGCCUACCAGAGCCGGUCAGAGGCACAGACUGCACUUUUUCAUGUGAAGCGGGAGAGUUUUUAGAGAUGUCCUCUCAGCAGUGCAUAUCCUGUGCGGCUGGCUCUUAUUCGCUGGGCAGCGGUGUGCGUUUCGACCAAUGGGACUCAAUUCCUGCGGGAUUCAGCAGUCUGGCCACAUACAUGGACUCAGGAGGGUCAGGGGACGAAUCAAUGACCUGCAACAAUUCCUCAUGGACAGCUCAGGGAACUCACUUGGAGUCCAACCGUGACGACUGCACAGUAUCUCUAGUGUACGCGGUGCAUCUCAUGAAGCAGGGCUCCGUCUCCUUUGACUAUCAAUACGUCGACAGCAACGUCUUCUUUGAAUUCUUUAUUCAGAACGACCAGUGUCAGGAGAUGGACCAGCAAGGGAGCGAGAAAUGGAUCAAACUCACCACAAGUGGAGAGUGGGGAACCCAUACGGUCAACUUAAAGUCAGGAACUAAUAUUUUAUACUGGAGAACCACAGGAAUGCUCUUGGGUGGGAAACCAGUGAAGCCGGUCCUUUUGAAGAACAUCCAGAUUGAAGGUGUGGCGUACACGUCAGAGUGUUUUCCAUGCAGGCCGGGCACCUUCAGUAAAACUCCAGGCUCCUCCUCGUGCGACCUUUGCUCCAGGAAUACUUAUUCUGGAAAGGGAGCCAGUUCAUGUACACACUGCACCGAGUCACAAUAUUCACAGGAGGGAUGGUCGCAGUGUAAAGAAAGGCCUCCUUGUUCAGAGAAAGACUAUUUUCAAAUCCACACAGCCUGUGAUAGUGAAGGCAAGACCCAGAUACUGUACAGGUGGGUGGAGCCUCAGGUGUGUUUGGAGAAUGUGACCGGUGCUGUGAAACUGCCCCCUUCUGGAGAGAAAGAGGACUGUCCACCCUGUAAUCCAGGCUUCUACAUGCACAACUCUUCCACCUGUUUACCUUGCCCUCAAGGGACCUAUUCUGAUGGCACCACAGAAUGUCAAAGAUGUCCUGGUGGAACCGAACCGUCUUUAGGAUAUGAAUACAAGUGGUGGAACGUCCUGCCGAGGAACAUGAAAACAUCGUGUUUUAAUGUGGGCAAUUCCAAAUGUGAUGAAAUGAAUGGUUGGGAGGUGGCUGGUGACCACAUUCGCAGUGGAGUGGGUGGCUCAGAUAAUGAUUACCUCAUCUUAAAUCUACGAGUGCCUGGAUUCAAACUUCCAACUUCUGUCGACGAUGCUUCAGCUACUGAAUUCGGCCGGAUCACGUUUAUCUUCGAGACCAACUGCAGCGCAGACUGCGAACUCUAUUUUAUGAUAGAUGUAAACAGGAAGAGCACAAACGUUGUGGAAUCAUGGGUAGGAAAUAUAGUCAGACGAGCGUACACCCACAUCAUGACUAAAAAUGCUUCGGUUUCCUACACAUGGGCUUUCCAACGUACCAACAAAGCCACUGAUGUGCGUCAGUAUGUGAAUGACAUCGCAAAGAUCUACUCGAUCACGGUGACUAAUGCGAUGGAUGGUUCAGCGUCUGGUUGCCAUGCUUGUGCAAUGAUGAGUCAGCAGGACGGCUCUUCCUGCGUCCCCUGUCCUGCUGGACACUUCAUCAACAAAGACACCAACCAGUGCCAGGAGUGCCCGCCAAACACAUUCCUCUACGGGCAUCACAUUUACGGGCACGAGGCCUGUCAGCCAUGUGGUCCUGGAAGCAAGAGCAAUAAGGAGCACUCUGUGUGUUUUAAUGACUGCACCUUCUCACACAUGGAUCAGAACCGAACGUUGAACUAUGACUUGAGUGCCUUAAGUUCAGUUGGAUCAAUCAUGAAUGGGCCUAGUUUCACCUCCAAGGGAACUAAAUAUUACCACCAAUUUAAUAUCAGUCUGUGUGGGGCUGAGGGGAGGAAGGUGGCAGUGUGCACUGAUAACGUCACAGAUAUGUCCAGCAAGGACCUUCAGAAUGAAUCCGCUGACCUCAACAAUUUUGUCGAGACUUUUGUGUGCCAAUCGACCAUCAUCCCUGCAGAUGGACGCGGCUUCAGAUCAGCACUGUCAUCUCAGUCCAUCAGCCUGGCUGACACUUUUCUCGGAGCGUCUGUUGAAAGCAGUCUGGAUGGGGUCACUGUAAACUCAGACCUCUUCCUCAAGUCUUCGCAGAAAGUUCCAGAUAUCAACUUCUUCUAUCGCUCACCGCAGCCCACAGCAUCUUGUCUGAAUGGCCGUAGCACAGUCGUGACUCUGCACUGUAGUCCUGAAAAAAGUGCACGUGGAGAGCUCACUGUGCCAAUCAAGUGCCCAGCAGGUACGUGCAAUGGUUGUGAGUUUCACUUCCUCUGGGAAAGCUCUAGUGCUUGUCCGCUUUGCACAGAAGCUGACUACCACUCAAUAGAAGGAGCGUGCAAAGGAGGACAGCAGGACACACUGUAUGUCUGGAACGAACCAAAACUCUGCACUAAGGGAGUAGCGCUGCCAAACAAAAGCUCCGCCCACUGCGAGGUGGUCAGCCUAUGGGUCAAGGCCGGUAUUGGAGGCGGAGCCUUCAUGGCUGUCCUCUUAGUUUCUCUUACAUGCUAUUUCUGGAAAAAGAACAAGAGGCUUGAAUAUAAAUACUCCAGACUAGUGAUGUCCGCCAAUAAGGACUGUGAGUUGCCAGCAGCAGACAGCUGUGCACUAGCAGAAGGAGAAGGGGAGGAGAACGAGGAUGAUGUGGUUUACUCAAAUACGCCUUCGUUACUGGGUAAACUGAAAGCCAUCGCGAGCAAGGUCAGUGACUUGGCAGAUGGAGAUAACAGUGAGUCAGUGCAGCUGAAGUCAUCUCAGUCAGAGCGGUGGGUUUGGGGAUAACAGAAAUAAGAAGACCACCGCUGAUAGAUAGAGAGACAAACAACUCACAGAGCUUUUAGUGCUUUGACUCUCCUUUUUCAGUUUGUCAUUAUUCACAGCCGUCCCUCAUCUCAGAACAUAUCUCAACGACAAAAAAUAGUGAAGGAGCACGAAAUCUCUCUGUAAAACUUAACUGUAUGUGUAUCAUAUAUACACUGUUAGAACAUUUCAGAAACACUUACUCACACUCAGCGAAUAGAAAUGCCACCCACAGAUACGUCUAUCCGAGACACAUUUAAGUAAUGUUUUGUGAAAUGCUGCAAAAGUGAGCCUGAAAAUAAGAGUGGAAGAGUUUGUUUGAAAGAGUUGUUUCAUUUUAAAAGCCCAUCCCCCCUGCUUGCUCAUUCAUGCACAUAUUUCUAGAAUUUGGCCAACAGGUGGAGACAGAGAGCCUUGCCGACUUCUUUAGAGAGCUGCUGUAGUUUCAUACCAAUGCCAAACAUCAUACAGCAGAUCAAGAUUUACAAAAAAUAAGGACUAGAAAAGCCCUUCCUUCAUGUUUUACGGAGAGAUCCGGCCUCGCUCUCUGCAUCUCUCCUCUGAGGAGGACAAGAGACAAUACUGUUUUCUACUUUGUAUUUUGUAUUGUUGUGUAUUUGGAGCUGUAUACAUUUAUGUUGUACAUUUGUUUUACUCCCUGUUUCAGUUUAUGCUUUAAUAAACUUUCAGAGCGCUUUAAACAAGA